AGCAAUAUGCGCAGCCUUGUGAAUUACAAAUCUUAGCUAUUUAACCGGCUUGGUUUUCCAGCAGCAGGUUUUACGUAAAUCUUUGGUAAAAGCAAAACAAAAAAUGUCGCGCUCAUUGCAACGUCUAAUUGGCGGCUGCAGACGGUGGAAUUGCCGAACACUGCUGCAGACACACUCAGCGGGACAGCAACGUAAUAUGGCUGUAAAAGCGAGUGAUCCCACAAAGGGCAAGGGACCGAUAUCGUGGAAGAGUUUGUCAGUGAUUGGCGUCUUAGGAGCAGGAGGCCUUGCCUUUAUGCUAUAUGUAAAGAGUGAGAAGGAUGAGGCUUUGUUAAAAGAGCGCAAGCGACAGCUGGGCAAGGCUGCCAUUGGAGGUCGCUGGGAGUUGAUUGAUUCACAAGGAGAAGUACGCAAGUCUGAGGACUUUCUGGGCAAGUGGCUGCUUAUCUAUUUUGGAUUUACUCAUUGCCCCGAUAUCUGCCCAGACGAACUGGACAAAAUGGCUUUAGUGGUCGACGAAGUUGAAAAAUCACCACAAGCACCGCCAGUGCAGCCCAUAUUUAUAACCGUAGAUCCUGAACGUGAUUCGAAGGAGGUGGUAGGCAAAUACGUAAAGGAGUUCUCGCCUAAAUUGCUUGGUCUGACGGGCACCGUGGAUCAAAUACGAAAUGUUUGCAAAGCCUUCCGUGUUUACUUUAGCGCUGGACCACGCGAUGAGGACAACGAUUAUAUUGUCGAUCACACCAUCAUUAUGUACUUGGUUAAUCCCGAUGGUGAAUUUGUUGAUUAUUACGGUCAGAAUCGAGACAAGGAUCAAUGUGUGGCUUCUAUUUUAGUCAACAUAGCAAAAUGGAAUUCGUUGAACAAAAAAGGCUGGUUCAGUUAGAAUGUAUGGCGUUGCCACAA